AUGGUCGUCCUCAAGUCGCUCCUCGCCGCGACGCUCGCCUCGACCGCAUGGGCGACCAAAGUCAUCGUCCCGCUCUACUCGUGGAACGAGCAGUGCUGGCCAGAGCUGCAACAGGCAGCCGCCGCCAACCCCUCGCAGCAGUUCGUGCUCAUCCUGAACCCCGACUCGGGCCCAACGCUCGACCCGACCGAUCCCUCGAUGUACUGCGUCCCGAUCCUGCGCGCCAAGAUGCCCUCCUCGACCAUCAUCGGCUACGUCCGCACGGGGUACGGGUCGCGCAGCCAGUCGGACAUCUCGAGCGAGAUCAACCAGUACAAAUCCUGGGCCGGAAUCAAGGUCAACGCGACGAGCGGCGCGACCGCCAAACUCGACGGCAUCUUCUUUGACGAAGUCAGCGACUCGACGAGCUCGACCAAUCUCAAGCGCUACCAGACCUACUCGAGUCUCGCGCGCAACGCGUUCGGCAGGACUGGCAGUACGGUCGUCUUCAACCCCGGCACGGCAGUCGACGCGCGGUUCUUCAACUGGGCAGACCUCGUCAUGUACUACGAGUCGGCCUACGCCGACUACUCGACCUCGCAACUCCCGAAGAACGCCCAGCUGCUGGCCAAGUCGGCCAUCAUCAUUCACUCGUUCCCGACCGGCUCGGCGGGCUCGAAGCAGCUCCCCGUCACCCUCAAGCCGCUCGUUCCCGCCUCGGGCGCAGUCUACAUCACCGACCUCGACAUCAACCAGGUCGACGUCUACAGCAAGUUCGGCCCCGACUGGCAAGAGUUCGUCAAGGACGUCGCGCAGCUCGGCGGGACCAAGCCGUCGACCGGCGUGCAGCUUCCGGUCGUGACCCCAACGACAAAGGUCAUCGUCCCGCUCUACUCGUGGAGCGACAAGUGUUGGCCCGAGUUGCAAGAGGCAGCCGCCGCCAACCCGUCCCAGCAGUUCGUCCUGAUCGUCAACCCCAACUCUGGCCCUACCCUCGACUCGACCAACCCCUCGCUGUACUGCGUCCCGAUCCUCCGCUCCAAGGUCCCGAACUCGUCCAUCAUCGGCUACGUCCGCACGACCUACGGUGAUCGGGCCUCGUCGGACGUCGCGGCCGACAUCGACCAGUUCAAGUCCUGGGGCGGGAUCAAGGUCAAUGCGACGACCGGCGCGACCGCCAAGCUUGACGGCAUCUUCUUUGACGAAGUCAGCAGCUCGACCAACACGACCAACCUCGAGCGGUACGAGUCGUUCGCGAACCUCACACGCACCGCAUUCGGCUCGUCCGGCAGUACGGUCGUCUUUAACCCCGGCACGGCAGUCGACGCGCGCUUCUUCAACUGGGCCGACUUGAUCAUGUACUACGAGUCUGCUUUCGCCGACUACUCGACCUCGAAGCUCCCGCAGGAUGCCCAGCUCCUCCGCAAGUCGGCCAUCGUCGUCCAUUCCUUCCCGACUGGCUCGGCAGGCUCGACACAGCUUCCCAUCACCCUCAAGCCGCUCGUUCCCGCUUCGGGCGCAGUGUACAUCACCGACCUUGACAUCAAGCAAGUCGACGUCUACUCCAAGUUUGGCGGCGACUGGCAAGAGUUUGUCAAGGACGUCGCGCAGCUCAACGGGGGCACGGCGGCUACAACAACGACGACGGCAGCGGGGACUGUCAACACCCUUGUGACGCCGCCGAAUGCGCGGGUCACGAACGGCGCAGGCAGGAUGCAGAAGCGGAUGUGGCGCGGAGAGUAG